ACCGAGCUCUUCCGAGCGAUGACGUCAGGACUCCUGUGAAGGGACGGGGGUCAUCAUUACACUGGUCGUUGGUUCCUGUAAAACUGCUCGAAGUUUGGUACCUGUUUGUCAAAACAAUACCCUAUUGUUCAUUCUGAGGAAAAGGGAGGUUUCUACACAGUAUUCGGUCCUGUCAAGUUCCCACAAGAACUGAUAGUUCUUUUCUGGUGGUUUCCAAGGGCCGUCAGAAUGGCAGGCAGAAGACGGCCCCCCAAACUCCAGCCCAUCCGGAUGGAGCCACAACCACCAAGUCCAAAGCCACCAAAAAAUCUGGAUUCUGUUGCAACCAUUAGUGUCGGUGGGAAGGAGUUUACGUGCAAUGCAGAUGACCUGAAGCCCAUCUGUGAGCUGGGGAGGGGGGCGUAUGGCAUCGUGGAGAAGAUGAGGCACGAGUCCAGCAAUACAGUCAUGGCUGUCAAGAGGAUUCCUGUCUCAGUCAACAGUAAAGAACAGAAACGGUUGCUGAUGGACCUUGAUAUCUCCAUGCGCAGCUCCGACCACCCCUGCACAGUAGAGUUCUAUGGAGCUCUCUUCAGAGAAGGUGACGUGUGGAUCUGUAUGGAGGUGAUGGACAUCUCACUGGACAAGUUCUACAAGAAAGUUUACAGCCUGGACAAGACCAUCCCUGAGGAUGUCAUCGGCAAAAUAGCUGUGGCAGUGGUGGAUGCACUGUACUUUUUACAUGGUAGUUUAAAGGUCAUACACAGAGACAUAAAGCCUUCAAAUAUCUUGAUAGACAGAAAAGGCCGUGUGAAGAUCUGUGAUUUCGGUAUCAGCGGCUACCUGGUAGAUUCAGUGGCCAAGACUCUAGAUGCUGGGUGCAAACCAUACAUGGCGCCAGAGAGGAUAAACCCUGAUGUGAAUCAGAAGGGAUAUGAUGUCAGAUCAGACAUUUGGAGCUUAGGCAUCACGCUGAUUGAGCUAGCCACAGGGAAGUUUCCGUACGAGUCGUGGUUGACUCCGUUUGCCCAGCUGAAGCAGGUUGUGGAGGAGCCGUCCCCCAAGCUGCCUGCAGACAAGUUCUCCCCUGAGUUUGUCGACUUCUGUGCACAAUGCUUAAACAAGAACUGCAAAGAAAGGCCCAACUAUGCUGGUCUUGUGGAACACCCCUUCUACAAGACGUACAAUGAGCAGACAGUUGAUGUUGCAAGUUUUGUCACAUCGAUACUCGGCCCCGACGGCGACCACUAGUGCAUGUGAAAGAAGAAGGACCAACAUCUCAGUUUCGACAUGAUGCAGGUUCCCCCCCUCAUGGAGUGGACUUGUCCAACUGCUGAUACACUGAUAGUCAGGAUGUACUUAAAAUGUCUGUCACAAACUUGUAUAAGUCUGUGACCAGAAAGUUGUAGCAGCUGUAAAAUUGCUGGAGAUGGUAGUAUGGAUGAGGCUCAGGACUGCAGUGUCUACUGCAGAUUUUACCUGUAAGUUUGAAUCUUUUAUCCCUACAUGUAUUUCUCUUCGUCAUUUUAUCAAAACUCAAUAUUUCCUUGUCAUCAGCAGUCACUGUUUAUCGUACUUUAAAUGUUGUCUGAAUAACCUAGGUCUGUGAAAUGACACAAGUUUAGGCCGUGUCAAUUUAAUUUGUUGGUUUUCUGAUUUUAGAAUUUCAUGGUAAAGUGGAAGAUAAUCAUGAAAACAGAGAAUGAGGACCAGGGCUUUGCUUCCACACAGCUUUAGAGUGAAUAGUGUCAGAUUCAAGUUUUCCUAUCUUUUUGUCUCUGCCCCUUGCUAGAUUUGUAUGUUAUGGUGCUCUGAAAACCAAUAAGAUAAAUUAGCGUGGCCUGACUACUAGUGAGAGUUUGUGGUAAAAUAAGCAUUUGUGACUUUAAUAGAGAGGGUGUUAAGUCAAACAUUAAAAUGUUAUUAUUAGAAGGGUAUCCAAUUAUAUAUGAAAACUGUGUACCUGUUAUGGAUGUACAUGUAUGCAAUGCACCCCAUGUUAAGUACUGUACAUGUACAUCAAGUCACUCAUACAUACGCCGGUGCACAUCAGUACACAUUGCAAAAGUUCAUUUGAAUUAUUACAGAUGUGUAUGUAUGAAGAUGAAGUCAGGAGAAAGACAUCCUUUAUCAGGUAACCAUUGAUAGUUGUUAGAUACUUAUGUAGACAGCACUGCAAGAUUGGCACUUUUGUGUCCCAAUUCCUUGCCAAAGAGACAUACAGAAGAAGCCAGGCCUUAGAAAAGAAGAAUUUGUAUUCAUCGUACAUGUUCGUGUAUUCUUUCUUUUGGUGUAGUUAGAAUAAAUGUGUAUUUCAUUUAUGUCUGCCAUAUUGUGAGACUGUAGAUCGGAUUGUAGCAUAUUUAAUGACAAAUGUAGGUGCUGUGGAUCCAAGAUUUUAUAUCAAACGUAAGCUGCCAACUUUAAGGGUACUUACUACUUAUCCAUUAAGAGUACAUUGUAGUGGUUAUUAAGGAACCUCCCAUUCUAUCACAUUGUCCCAGCCUGUGUUCAGUGUCCAGUGGGAGGUUAACAAGGAUGUUUUAUUAAGCUAUUGAUAAACUUGAAAAGUUUUCAUUUCACUUGCUUUGGCUUACAGAAAGGGACACAAUUUUCUUUCAACAAGAUUAAAGGUUGUUACAACUACUAAUAG